CACCAGACCAACAUUUUCACUGGAAACCACUGCAAAAACGACAAAGUCAAAAUAUAUACAGGGCUGUUUAACUGCUAGUACAGAUAACACUGAAGUCUUGUACACCCUGUACACACAAAUGAUUGACUACGGCUUUGAAGGUGGAGACAACCCGGUUAGAAACCAACUGCAAAACACCACCUCUUACAGCUGACUUCAUAAGCAGUAAAACCUCAAGAGAAGAAAGUGGCAAACAAACAGUUGACAUUUGACAACUAUCUCUGCAUGAGUCGCACGAUAUGAAACAAGUGCAGAUUUUCCUGACUGACUGCAUAGUCUGAGUUAAUGUUUAACAGCUGGUAGGUGCUGCAACUGCUACAAAGAAGAAUGGAACAAGGCUUCAGUACAUCUGGUCUCUUGUUUACUGGUUACAUUUUCCAGCAAAGUAUGGAGAAUUCUAAACCUGUCAUGCUGUCUGCACUCCUAUGAGAUAAAAUAAUUACUAUGGUUAAAAGAAGGCACAUGAAGAAAGAAAAUGGCCCAACUUGAUUCAACAAAAUUAGGUUUCUUACUAUGUACUGGAAUCUGCACUUUGAUUUUUAUUUUCCUAAGUUUAAUCCUUCCUAAUGGAACAAACAAUCUAAAACAGCUAACGUUUACCAAAACCGAAUGCGGUGUUUACCCUGAUGAAAUUUGUGCAGCUUUGUUUGAAGAUAAUGAUGCAGCAAUUAAGCUUGGCGAAGGCUGUCAGAAACUGUAUGGGACUACACUUUCUGACUUUGAGAAACCAACCAACUGUUCUCAACUGAUCGAAGAUCUACAUAUUAUAACAAGUCCACUGUCAGAAGAGGAAGCAAACUAUCCCUUAGCUUAUAUUAUUACUAUCCAUAAGGAAAAAGAAAUGUUUGUUAAGCUUCUUUCUGCUAUCUACGCACCACAGAACGUAUACUGCAUCCACACUGACAACAAAUCAUCAGAGGAAUUAAAAAAUAUUGUAAGAACCCUAACUGCCUGUUUUGGCAAUGUUUUCAUUCCAACAAAAACCGAAACAGUUGUUUAUGCAGGAUUUUCCAGACUACAAGCUGAUAUCAACUGCAUGAAAGAUCUUGUCCAGUCAGAAACAUCAUGGAAACAUGUAAUUAAUGUAUGUGGGCAAGACUACCCACUAAAAACAAAUAAAGAAAUCAUUCAGUACAUUAAAAGCAAAUGGAAUGGCAAAAACAUUACACCAGGAAUUAUUCAACCAAAGCACUUUAGAUACAGGACACAGUUUAGAUACAAAGAAAAUUUAGGACCAAAGGAAUAUUUUGUCUCACGAGUUCCAGGGGAGAAAACCAAAGCACCUCAUAACUUGACCAUUUACUUUGGAACAGCAUACUAUGUACUUUUUCGACCAUUUGUCGAGUUUAUACUGAAAGACACACGUGCAUUAGAUUUACUUGAAUGGUCUAGAGACGCAUACAGUCCAGAUGAACAUUACUGGGUAACUCUAAACAGAUUAGAAGAUGCUCCAGGUUCAACACCCAAUGCUGAAUGGGAAGGAAGUGUACGUGCUAUUAAGUGGAAAGAUCAGGAGGGAAUCUUAUUUGACAAAUGCAAAGGUCAUUACAUUAGAGAUAUCUGUGUGUACGGCUCAGGAGAUUUAAAAUGGAUCAUUCAGUCACAAAGUCUGUUUGCAAACAAAUUUGAGUUAUCUACAUAUCCCCUUACCAUAGUGUGUUUAGAGCGACGCUACCGAAUUAAGGUAUUACAAGAAGCUGAGGUUCCUAUUCAGCCACAAUGGCAUCUCCAGAAAAAUGUGUACUUUGAUAUGAAACUGAAUUCAAGUAAAAAGUAGGAGAGUGGACAGUAAAACUCCACAAUGAACUCAAAGAAGGUAACCAAAAAGAAUGUCUUGUGACAAGCGUUUUUUUUUUUCCUUUUUACUAGGAUUCAGGUGCAGAUUGAGUUUUUAGUAAUGUGUAUUGACAGUAAUAAAAUUAAAACAAAAUGUA